UUCCAAGCCCCGCAGGCGCCCGCACCCCGCCGAAGAGGAAAAUGCAAAAGGCAUCUGACUGGGGCGAACGCUGCAAAAAAGCCAGCCGCACGAAACCUUGACAUUGAAGAUGGUGAGUAGCCAGCCAAAGUACGAUCUAAUACGGGAGGUUGGCCGAGGCAGUUAUGGUGUGGUGUAUGAAGCAGUCAUCAGAAAGACUUCUGCUCGUGUCGCUGUGAAGAAGAUUCGAUGCCAUGCCCCUGAGAAUGUUGAGCUAGCUCUUCGUGAAUUCUGGGCCCUUAGUAGUAUCAAGAGCCAGCAUCCCAAUGUGAUUCACUUGGAGGAAUGCAUUUUACAAAAAGAUGGCAUGGUGCAGAAGAUGUCUCAUGGCUCCAACUCAUCUCUUUAUUUACAGCUUGUAGAGACUUCACUGAAAGGAGAAAUUGCUUUUGAUCCCAGAAGCGCCUAUUACCUGUGGUUCGUGAUGGAUUUCUGUGAUGGAGGCGACAUGAAUGAGUACCUGUUAUCCCGGAAACCCAAUCGGAAAACCAACACAAGCUUCAUGCUUCAGCUCAGCAGCGCUCUGGCUUUCUUACACAAGAAUCAGAUUAUCCACCGUGACCUCAAGCCUGAUAAUAUCCUGAUUUCUCAAAGCCGAUUGGAUACAAGUGACUUGGAACCCACACUCAAAGUGGCUGAUUUUGGUUUGAGUAAAGUUUGUUCUGCCUCUGGGCAGAACCCAGAAGAACCCGUCAGUGUAAAUAAAUGCUUCCUUUCCACUGCAUGCGGAACAGAUUUCUACAUGGCUCCUGAGGUUUGGGAGGGACAUUACACAGCCAAAGCAGAUAUCUUCGCUCUGGGGAUUAUCAUCUGGGCCAUGCUGGAAAGGAUCACCUUCAUAGACACAGAGACCAAAAAGGAGCUCUUGGGGAGUUAUGUGAAACAAGGAACUGAGAUUGUGCCUGUGGGAGAGGCCCUUUUGGAAAAUCCCAAGAUGGAACUGCUCAUCCCUGUGAAGAAGAAGUCCAUGAAUGGUAGAAUGAAACAGCUAAUUAAAGAAAUGUUGGCUGCAAACCCUCAGGAUCGUCCCGACGCAUUUGAGCUAGAACUUAGAUUAGUCCAAAUUGCUUUUAAAGAUAGUGGCUGGGAUACGUGACACACGGAUUGCUAGGAAACCCCUUGGAUGACAUGCUGCUUCUGUCUGAACAGGGAUGCAACAUUUUGUGGCAGAAAAAAAAGGAAUACAUAAGGCUAAACCCAUACCUAGAGGGUUUAGAUUUUACUGUGGUUUGUUUUUUUUUUAAGGUUUCUUAAGUCUGAGUCAGCCAUUUUGUUAGUAUGUUUUAAAUGUGUAUUACCAAUGUGUGUGUAAAUUUUUAAAAUGACCAUUGGUAGAAAUUUGACAGGAAAAUUCUGUAAGAGCCAAGAAAAGAUGAGAGUCCAGCUUUUCUGGGAUUAUGUCGCAAGUAUUUUAGACAUUCCUUGUCAGUAUUAGGAACUUCCAUAGAAACAGUGGUUUACAUGCUGGUCAUGCAAACUGUGAGGCUUUGUAAAGUAAACAUAUAUGUAUAUAUUUAUGUAUAUGUAAGUAUGUGAAUGUGUGCAUUUUGCAUUCCAUAUGAAGAAAAUGCCACUUCUGUUUAAAUUAUUUGAUGUGGGUUUGGGUGUUUGGGAUUUGCUGGUGAAUUCAGUGGUGGAAAAAUAAAUAAGACACUUCCCCCCAACUUUCUCCCAAUGAUGAAAUUGUGCUAAGUUUUUAUAUUUGUAUUAUGAGACUCUUUUUAAGCACCAUUUUGGAGGGUCUAAGACUGUCCUAACUUGGACAUAAAAGAACAUCCAAGCUAUAAACAACAUGCAAAGCUGUUGAGAUAGAUUUAAGCUGAAUUCUCACAAUCCAGUACCCUGUAGCUGAAGGAGUUAAUUACAGCAUGGUGCUGUCAUGUGGUAGCAGGCUGGCAAGGUCAUUAAUCAUUCAAUCCUACACUCUUUUAGGUAACUAGGCACUCAAUUAACCAAUUAGGCCACAGCAUCAGGACGUGUCUGUACCUGUUGCAUCUACAGUCUGGUAUAAACUUGAAUACAGGAUUGUUGUAGUUCUGGAAACUUGGCAUUAAUGAAGUUUCGGUAUUGGGGUCUGUGACUUCUGGGGUCUGGAGAAGUUGUCUAAGUUUUAAAAUGUUGAGGUGGAAGCCCGAACAAGCCCUAUUGUCUGGUUUGCCUGCCCUGAUAUGGUCUCUUGUUGAAUCACUGGAGUCCCUUCCAUUUUGGCACUGAUGCUGUUUUCUGUUGUUUAAUUUGAGACUGUGAUAGCAUCGAUAUGGUUGUCUUAAUGUUGAUCACCUUUUUCUAACAUGGGAGAUAAUGUGCAUACAAUUUAGCAAGCAGAUGAAAUGUUGUGGCAUCAGCUGCAUCCUUCACAUGAGGAAACUGACCUCUUUGGUACAGUCAUUUUGCUGUGCCUGAAGCAACAACUAUUAGGAUUCUUUGAGGAGUUGGUUUGAUUUUUAUAACCCUGGAUUGUUGUUUCCGAUUUGUUUUCCUGCAAGGUCAGUCAGUUAGUUAACAUCUAAUGAAGGAGAGCUUCCUGAAACCGAACUUUAGGUUAGCCUUCUGGGACAUUAUAACUGAGUUGACCUUUAUAGAGCAUUUGGAUCCUUGGGUAAAAAGUCAGUCAUGUUAGAGUAAUGAAAAUCAUUGAUGUUUUUGUCUCUUCUUGGUUGUUUUAGCUUCUGAAAGUUUAAAUGUUGCCAUUCUUUUUUUUUCUAUUUAUAGUCCAAAGUAUAAGAGUAGUGGGCUCUAAGCUAGAGAUUAAAAAGAAAAAUUUGAGUGACUUGGCUUUGAAAGAUUGAAGCUGAAUAGUUUCAUUGAAAUAAAACCACUUUACUAGGUUCUUUGAAGCUGAUAAAUGCAGGGUUUUAAACAUACUUUUAGAAAAUAAAAUAAAGCAUUGGAAGUUGAAGAUGGAAAUACACUGGAUCCAUCACAAUAGUGAUUCUUUCACAAUACUAAUCACAAUGUUUGGAAUAGCACAGAGACAACUCUACCCUUCCAAUGUGGCUUAAGUCAUUAGGAGGGGAAGAGUGGAGUAAUAUUGUCUCACCAAAGAACAACCAGGUACCUUAGCAUGGAGCCCAAGGUGAUCAGUCAGGGAUCCAUUUUUAUUUGCUCAUUUGUUCUUUGUGCUAGUAUCCAAUUUUUUCUGAAGAUGUGGUUUUUUGGUUGUGCCUGACUAAAAGUCAUUAAUGAUGAUCACUUUUGGAAGACUUUUUUGUAAAAUGGAGCUUCUUUUCAGGAUAUCAUUUUUGGGAUUUUUUCAAGAUCUUGUCUAAGUUUCAAAACAUUUCUUUCCAUUAUGUAGGCAAAAUGAUGAUUAAAGUCUAGGUCAUUCUUCACUUAAAAAGCACUGUGCCCAGCAUUAUGAUUAAGCUGAUUAUCUUAGUGCUGACAUGACAUUUAGUCACAGGCCUUUUUGCCCAAGAAUAAGGAAAAAAAACCAAAAAUCCCAAACUGAGUACUUCAGAAUUCCUGCAAGUAUACCCAAGAAAACAACAAAAAAGACCAGGUAGGAAUUUUAGCUGUUUAAUUGGACUCUAAGGUAAAUGCAUUUUAUGAGGAGUCACUGCGAUUUUUAAAGACCAAAUGUUUCAAAUAAGUUUCUUAACUGCAGUGGCAGAGAUGUUAACUUAAAUCAAUUAAAGUAUGGAGUCUUACAAGUUAGCUUUGCACUUGUUAUCAUGUAGUGAGACUGGGCCACUGUAGAUUCUUGGUGCUAAGGGACACUUUGUCAUUAUGAUGAAGUGGGUGUUAACAGUCAGAGAGUAGCACACUGAAUAGUUCUGGUGGCCUGUUCUUUGUGUUUAUUGUAAGAUGUUAUAUCAAUAAAACUAUUGUAGCAGCUACAAAAUAAUUCACCAGCAUGACACAUGGUCAAAAAAAAAGUCAUCAGCACUUCAAAAAUGAAACAAACUUUUGCAAUUUUCUUUUAAUAUUGUCAAAUAUAUUUUAUGAAGAAUUUAUAAAAGGGGUGGGAAAUGAUUGUAAUUUAUUGUUCAUGACAGUUUUUUAAAUAAAGUCUGAAUUUCAACAAAAACUUGUGAAAAUGCU